UGAGGUUUUUAUUGAACAAUCAGUCUAACAAAUAUGAAAUGAAAACUAUCACAAGAUGCAUGAAAAAGAAGAUAACAGAACUGUGUGAUUGCUGAUCCUGUUAUCACUCACUACCUGGCCACACGGCACACAGAUGUACUACAGUGGUUGUGUAUGACUUUUGAUUUUAUUACAUUUUAUUUCUUUACCUUCUAUCCAUCCAUUCGCAACAGAGUUCAUCCUGUUCAGAGUCUCUGGAGGCUAUCCCAGCUGACUUUGGGUGAAAAGCGGACGACUGUACACCCUGAACUGGUCACUGGUCAGAUAUGUUACAAUAUUUUCUUUAUAUAGAUAUAACAAAAAUAACAAAAUAUAUUAGCAUUUGCGGCGGCACAGUGGAGCAGCUGUAAAGUGGUGGUCUCACAGUGCUGAGGACUGAGGUUCAAAUCCAAGCCCUGCCUGAGUGCAACUGUUAUCUGUCUCCAUGUGCCCUGCAAUUGGAUGGCAACCAAUUCAGGGUGUACACCGCCUCCUUCCAGAUGAUGAAUGGGAUUGGCUCCGGCACUCCUGUGACACUUGUGAGGAGAAGUGGCUCGGAAAAGGGAUUGGUAUUUGCACAUGGAGUUGAGAUGUUCAUCUUUCUUGUCUUUAUAAGACCCUCUGAGAGGCCCUUUGACCUUGUAAAAAAGAUCAUUCAUGGAAAGUCAUCAUCUUUAUUAAAAUGCCACAGCUAGUACAACACAAGAUAUCAGAGGGCAACAUCAGGAUUGGACUGCAGGUGAUAGAGUCAGCAAAUUCUCCUUUAGCAGAAUCUUCAAAAAUGAAGUGAACCCACUGAAUUGAGUGACUCCCCAGGAAGAGAAAACAAGGCACAUAUCAUUACAUGGACCAUGUGGUGAUGUGUGUUUUGGUUGUGGGAAGAAGCUGGAGUCCCCGAAGAAAACCCAUGCAUGCACAGGGGAGAACAUCCAAACUCCACACAGCUGAAAGGAGUUUAUGCACUGAAUCGACCUCAGGAAAACCCAAGAUGGCCGCCAAAAGGAAAGGUGGCCUAAAACUCAAUGCUAUCUGUGCCAAGCUGAGCCGCCAGGUGGUGUUCGACAGCAACUCCCAAAAUGCGGAGGGAGACCAGAGCGUGGCUGAAAACAGCGAGCGCGGCAGUUCCCACUAUGAUGACAACGAGACCAACUUCCGCGAGAGCCUGAGCUUGAGUCAGAGCCUGGAAGAGGACCAGAAAAGACGUGAGGCCAUCGAGAAGUGGGUGAACGGCGAGUACGGUGACGAGCCGCUGACAGCUGAGGGCGGAGACGAGCAGGAGCACGAGCUCCAAGAUGCUGACGAUGAAAACGCCCCUCCCGAAGGUGUCUACAUGGUACAGCCCAAAGGUUGCAGCGAUGAGGAGGACAACAACGGUGAGGAGGCGGAGCCCGUGGUUGGGUCUCAGGAUGGCAGUUACCACGACGACAAAGAUGCUGAGGACGGGCCUCCCAAGCCUGACGCCUACAUGCCAACGAGCGAGGCCCCCAGUCGCCAAGCACCUUUCUCCUCUCCAGGAGAAGCGUCUGCCCUCCGAGACUAUGCGGCCAACACAAUGAACGAAUUUUUGGGAAUGUUUGGCUACGACGACCAUCAUAUGCGGGAUGAGCUAAACAAGAAGCUCAGCUUUGAGAAGCUCAAGGCCGCUACCUCAGACUCCUCAUCCCUUAGCAGCGAAGAGGCCUCUCGGCGAGCCCGCUUCUCGAAGUAUGAAGAGUACAUUCGAAAGUUAAAAGCUGGUGAGACCCUACCUUGGCCCAUACAUGCUUCCCCACCAAAACCAGAUGACCUCAACUCAAAACUCUCCCAAGACAAAAGCCCUACCAUGCUCCAGACCUCCGGGGGCAUCCCAGCAGCUGAGGCUCAGAUCUACCCCACUAGCUCGGAUCACAAGCAGCAAGGAGGAGCUCCCCUGGCUGGCGCACAGCCAUCUAAUCCCUCUCACCUGCAGAACAUGGCCUCCCGGGCCUCCAAGUAUGACUUCUACAUUCAGAAACUUAAAAUGGGUGAGAGUAUACAGCCCAAUGGUAACGCUUUUAAACGCCCCUCCAAAUAUGAUCUAGAAAAUGUCAAAUUCCUGAAUCUUUUUAAACCGGGUGACGGCAACCCUGACAUGGGUGGGGCCAUAGCCUUUAAGACUGGUAAAGGCGGUCGCCCUUCCAAAUAUGACAUUAGAACAAUCCAGAAACUCGUGCCGGGAAAUCCCGAAGCCUCGCUGAUGCCCAACAUCCUCGCAACCGCACCGGGGAACCCUGGAGCUCCAGGUGUCCCCACCAUUGGUGCGGCUGGCUCCAGCAUUGCACCAGGACUCACCGUGGACCAGACGGGCCAUCUAAAUUUCACCACAUCUGACUACUUAAAGUCCACCUUCUCCAAGACUGACUCCAUCACCACUGGCACUGUGUCGUCCGUGAAGAAUGGCCUGCCACCAGAUAAACCUGCCAGCGACGACGUCAACCUCUACCAGAAAUACAUCGCCAGGUUUUCUGGAAGUCAACACUGUGGCCACGUGCACUGUGCCUACCAGUACAGGGAGCACUACCACUGCAUGGACCCUGAGUGUAACUACCAGGUGAGCAGGUUUACCAGUAAGCAGGAUGUGAUUCGCCACUACAACAUGCACAAGAAGAGGGAUAACUCCCUGCAGCACGGAUUUAUGCGCUUCAGCCCUCUGGAUGACUGCAGCGUCUACUACCACGGCUGCCAUCUCAAUGGCAAAAGUACACAUUACCACUGCAUGCAGGUGGGCUGUAGCAAGGUGUACACCAGUACCUCAGAUGUCAUGACCCAUGAAAAUUUCCACAAAAAGAACGCCCAGCUGAUCAACGAUGGUUUCCAGAGGUUCCGUGCAACUGAGGACUGCGGCACAGUCGGGUGCCAAUUUUAUGGCCAGAAAACGACGCACUUCCACUGCAGGCGUCCCGGCUGUACGUUCACUUUCAAGAACAAGUGUGAUAUCGAGAAGCACAAGAGCUACCACAUCAAGGAUGACGCCUAUGCCAAAGAUGGCUUCAAGAAGUUCUACAAGUAUGAGGAGUGCAAGUAUGAGGGCUGCGUGUACAGCAAAGCUACCAACCACUUCCACUGCAUCCGCUCGGGCUGCGGGUUCACCUUCACUUCCACCAGCCAGAUGACCUCCCACAAGCGCAAGCACGAGCGCCGGCACAUUCGCUCCUCUGGCGUCAUGGGUCUCUCUUCCACUUUCCUGGCCCCAAAAGAUGAACCGGAGGAAUCCAGCAACGAUGACCUGAUGGAUUUCUCGGCCAUCAGUAGCAAGAACUCGAGUCUGAGUGCCUCGCCCACCACCCAACAGUCCAGCACUGUAUCCCACCUCAUGGCCACACCCACGACUGCUGUCUCCUCCUCCUCGUCAGUGGGCCUCACCCUCAAGCCUACGACCUCGCUGCCCAGUGUGGGCCAGCGUAUGGCCAGCCUCCUGUCCCAGGCCCUGCCGAGCAACAUGCCGGUGGCUCUCUCUCUGUCCAACAGCACCAUGGCUGCUUCCAGCCCCUUCUACCCACUCCUACCCAGGUUGCCUCUCCAGCCUCCUCCACAUGCUGCCGGCCUGUUAUCAGCAGUCUCAUCCGGGGCCCAUUCCAUGCCUACCGACUCGCUGACCCAAGGCUGUUCUACACCGGGGGCGGAUGGAGCCAUGGCUUCUACCCCGUCCUCCUUCUCCGGCUCCUCGAUCAUGGAGAAGAUCUCAGCUAGCAAAGGUCUGAUAUCACCCAUGAUGGCCAGGCUGGCUGCUGCUGCUCUGAAGCCUUCCAACGGACCAGAUGCAGGGACUGGGCAACCGGUCUCAGUCGGCCAGUUUAAUUUGGCUCAAGUGAAACAGGAACCAGUGGAAGCCACGUCAGGGGCCUCACAGGACUCCACGCAGGAACACAGUUUGGACCUGAGCAAGAAAGACAACAGUAAUGAAUCAAAUGGACAUGCUGUACCGGGGAAUGCAUCUCUUUUAUCCUCGCUUAUGAAUAAGAUGUCACAGGUGAACCCUGCGCUCUUCAACGCCAUGCACCUGAAAACGGAGCUGGAGGCCGGCCAUGCCGGCGAAACCCCGGAGGCAGCCCAGUACCUGAGCCAAGUUCUGAAGAGGCCCCUGGCAGAGAAACCCAGCGAGAUCUGGAGGACGUACCUCCGCAGGUUUGACACAGAUGACUUUUGUGAGUCUCACUGUGACUUCCUCCAAAAAGUGCACUUUCACUGUCUGGUUGAGGAUUGUGGUGCUCUCUUCAGUACUGUGGACGGAGCCAUAAAACAUGCAAACUUCCAUCUCCGAGCCACUCUGAAAGUAAAGUCAGAGCCCCCGUUCAGCGAGGGCAAAGUGUCCGGCGAUGGUGGUCCUCUGCGGCCCGCUGCCCCCGUCUCCAUGGCCAACAACCCCUCCAUGGAAAUGGCGCACCUCCCCUCCUCUGGUGGCUACAGCUCCCCUCCUCCCUCCCUGCUGGCCUGGAAGCAGCUCACCGGCAGCAUCCCGCAGAUGCCGGCCUCCAUGCCCAACCUGCCGGCCAACUCCCCGCUGGCCACCACCUCGUUGGAGAAUGCGAAGCCUCAAGUCAAACCUGGAUUUCUGCAGUUCCAGGAAAAUGAUCCCUGUUUAGCAACAGACUGCAAGUACUCAAACAAGUUUCACUUCCACUGCUUGUUCGGCAAUUGCAAGUACGUGUGCAAGACCUCUGGCAAGGCCGAGUCCCACUGUUUGGACCACAUCAACCCCAACAACAACCUGGUCAACGUCCGUGACCAGUUUUCCUACUACUCCCUUCAGUGUCUGUGCCCCAACCAGCACUGUGAGUUCCGGAUGCGGGGCCACUACCACUGUCUGCGGCCCGGCUGCUACUUUGUCACCAACAUCACCACCAAGCUGCCGUGGCACAUCAAGAAGCACGAGAAGGCCGAGCGCCGCGCCGCCAAUGGCUUCAAAUAUUUCACCAAGAGGGAGGAGUGCGGGCGGCUGGGUUGUAAAUAUAACCAAGUCAACAGCCAUUUUCACUGCAUCCGCGAGGGCUGCCAGUUCUCCUUCCUGCUCAAGCACCAGAUGACCUCACAUGCACGCAAACACAUGAGGCGGAUGCUGGGGAAGAACUUCGAUCGCGUCCCAUCGCAGGUGAUGUCACUCAGCCAGAGGAUGGAUGACAUGCAUCAUGGCUCUAACAUGGCGUCGGCAGCCAUGGCAGCCCACUCAGAUAUCAAUUCCAGCUACUCCUCCGCCACCAUAGAGGAGGCUGAAGAUUAUGUGGACUACAUGGGAGGCGGUGGCAGCCCCUUGGGCAUCUCCUCCGAGUCCUCCAAUCAAGACCGCAGCUGCACCAGCACCCCUGUGGGCAACGAUGGCUCCCCGGCAGGACAAGGCUGCCCCACCACCACCACCACCACCACCUCUGCUCCCACCACCCCUGCUGACACUAGCCAAAAUGCUCCUCCUUCCUCACCUCCUCCUGCUCCUCUUCCACCGCCGCCACUUCCACCUCCUCCUUCCGUCCCUCAAGCUGGCCUGCCGCCCCAGGCUACGUCCCUGUCUCCCGCUCUCCUCCGACCACCCCUGCCCUCACUCCCAUACCUCCUCUCUCCAUCCUGUCUCUCAUACUCUCUGCUCAGCGCCUCUCUGGGAGCCACUCUGAGUGUUGUCAUGCCAACCAACACACCAGCUUACAGCCCCAUCAUUGCCACUCCGUCGCCGGUUAAAAAUGACGUCCCUAUAGUGCAGGACGCUGCAGGAAACACCAUCUCUAUCCCCACCGCCGCCGGCGCAAAGAAGCGCUUCUGGAUCAUCGAGGACAUGUCCCCGUUCGGCAAGCGCCGCAAGACCGCGUCCUCGCGCAAGAUGCUGGACGAAGGGAUGAUGCUGGAGGGCUUCCGGCGCUACGACCUGUACGAGAACUGCAAGGACUCUGGCUGCCAGUUCUCCCUGAAGGUGACCCACUACCACUGCACCCGUGAGAACUGUGGCUACAAGUUUUGCGGCCGCACCCACAUGUACAAGCACGCCCAGCACCACGACCGCGUGGACAACCUGGUCCUGGACGACUUCAAGAGGUUCAAGUCCACGCUGAGCUGCAACUUCCUCGAUUGCCAGUUCUCGGGCAAUAGCACCCACUUCCACUGCCUGCGCUGCGGCUUCCGCUGCACUGACAGCACUAAGGUGACGGCCCACCGCAAGCACCACGGCAAGCAGGACGUGAUCAGCGCCGCCGGCUUCUGUCAGUUCAGCUCCAGCGUCGACUGCGAGGUUCCAGACUGCAAGUACAAGCUCAAGUGCUCUCACUUCCACUGCACCUUUCCUGAAUGUAAGCACACGGUGGUGGGGAUGUCCCAGAUGGACUCCCACAAACGCAAGCACGAGAAGCAGGAACGGGGCGAGCUGCCGUCCGUGUCACCCAAACCGGAAAUGAUGCACCACCUGGCCUCCUCCACGGCGCCUCCAGCCUCCGUGGCUCUAAAUGCAUCCCGUGGACUGAGCCGCCCCAUCAACAGCACCGCCACCCCCUGCACGCUCUACUCGAGCGGCGGGUCAGAGUACAACCACUCGUACCCGCCGUCCUCCAUCAGCCUGGAUGGCUCCCUCAACCUGGGCACAGACGCCAGCAGCUCCCUGUUCUUCCUCAAGAACGCCACCGGUCUGGGUCUCAACAACUCUUUGGACCUGAGCAAGAAGCUCCACCGGGAGACGGGGCGACACACACACGGCUACAACCCGCCACUGCGCAUGCUGGCAGCUCAGGACGACACCACCGGAACGUCCGGGGAGGCCGAAGACGACCUGUCGCCUGAGGAGGAGGCGCGGGUUGAGGACGAAGAGGACGAAGAGGAGGAGGAUGACGACGACGACGAUGAUGCGGAAGAAGCCCUCAACACUGACUCAAACGAUGAUUCAGCGGCAGAGCCCGACGAGGAGAAGGACAACGUGGAGAGUUAUGAUACUUCCGUUAACCACACUGACAUUUCCCAACUGGAAAAACAAGAUGGCGACCCGUGAAGAAAAACUUGGGUAGAGCGACCCGUUGUACGAUGAACAAGCAGCAAUGAAAGAGGACUCAUUCAUCAUGUUUAUAUGAGACUUCACAUGACAACAACAGCGAGGGGAAUAGAGGAAAAAGAUGACAGCCCAAAUAUGAUUUAUGAUGAUGUUUACAAGAUGACCAACAUUAUUAAUUCAAUUAUGCAUUACAAAAUAUGAACAGAGAUAUAUGGAAUACAUGCGGGAGCGGCAAUGUAAAACGUUUCACUACACAUCAGUCUUUUUGUGUGCGUGCAUGUUUGAUUUUAAUUUAUUUCUAUUUUUCACAUUUUUGUGUGGAAAAAAAAACGUCAACAAAACUCUCUAUAUAACAAUCUGUGUAAGUGUGCGAUGAUAGAAAAGGAACUUUGCGGGCCCGCACACAUGAACUCUGAGGCCGUGUAGACAUUUUAAAACAACAAAAGGGAAGUGAAUCACUAAGAUGCAGCAGGAUGUGUUCAAUGGUUAGAUUUGUUUAUUUCCUGUAUGACACAUAAUUAUUAUUAUUAUUAUUAUUAUUAUUAUUAUUAUUGUGAGACACCAAGGGAGGGAGGGGCGCCACAAUUCUCUCUCUCUCUCUCUCUCUGUCUCUCUCUCUCUCUCAAAGACGUUGGACUCGGAGGAGGCGUGUGGAAGCGACCCAUUUGGGUGGUCCAGGACGCUCAGCCUCACUCGCGUUGACAUUCGGCUAGGAAAAGGCACCAAAUAAGCAGCCUGUGUCAUUCAUCCGCCAACAUCCACCCACCCGUGAUAGGCACCAUCUUUGGUAGAGGAAAUAGACUCUGUGUGUGGCUAGUGCACUUUUAUACUAGCUGACCGUGACACAAAUACAGUGGCGGUGGAUGACUGGUGUUUAUUUUUGUUACCGUUUGCAUUACGAUGUUGUUUUGUUGAUGUCAGUGAGAAGCAUAUCAAUCUGUAAACUGAUUUCAUGGAAG